AUUGGAAGUAAAUACACAGGCCACAUGUAAACGUAAACACAAGGAGAUCUUACUGAAGUCUGUCACCACAAUUUUUCUCUAUGGGUCAAGAUUACUAUAGCGUCUUGGGCCUCUCUCGGAGUGCUGCAGAUGCUGAUAUAAAGAAGGCCUACCGGAAAUUAGCACUGAGAUACCACCCAGAGAAAAACUUUGGUGAUCAAGUGGCUGCAGAAAAAUUCAAGCACAUUGCAGAAGCUUAUGAUGUGUUAUCUGAUCCAAGAAAGAGGGCAACUUAUGAUCAGUUUGGUGAGGAGGGCCUGAAAGGUGGAGUUCCACAAGGCAGUGGAGAGUCUGGAGCAUGGACACAAGGGUACACCUUCCAUGGCAAUCCAGACAAAGUCUUCAGAGACUUCUUUGGUGGGGAUAAUCCCUUUCAAGAGUUUUAUGAUCGUGUAGAUGGAGACAUGGUUAUGGGCUUUGGUGGACUUCAUGGCAGAGGUGCCAAGAAAAAGGAUCCUCCAAUUGAAAGAGACCUUGCUUUAUCCUUGGAAGAAACAUUCCAUGGUUGCACUAAGAAGAUGAAGAUAUCUAGAAGAGUGAUGAAUGAAGAUGGUCACACUUCUAGUAUCAGAGAUAAAAUAUUGACCAUCACAGUUAAGAAGGGCUGGCUACCAGGAACAAAGAUAACAUUCCAAGAGGAAGGAGACCAAGGACCAAAUAAUGUACCAGCUGACAUUGUCUUCAUUGUAAAAGACAAACCUCAUCCAAGAUUCCGCAGGUCUGGCACUGAUCUUAUUUACACUGCAAAGAUUCCCCUUGGCCAAGCUUUGACAGGAUGUACAGUGGAAGUCACCACACUAGAUGAAAGGAUACUUAACAUCCCAAUCAAUGAUAUUGUCCAUCCUGGGUAUACAAAAAGAGUUCCAACAGAAGGGAUGCCCAUUUCUAAAGACCCAAGCCAAAAAGGAGACUUGAUCAUAGAAUUCAAUAUAGAAUUUCCCAGGCAACUGACACCUGAAAAGAAGGACUUGAUCAGAAAAGCUCUUCUCCAUUGAGCCUUCAAGCAAUUCUGUACAAGACACUACUACACUAACAUUUGAUUUAUAGACUACAAUUACAUUGCUUCAGAUAUUGUAAAUAGAGCUGUUAAUGUAUCUUGUAAGUUGUUUGUGCCAGAACUAAUCAUGGCAAUAUUUUUAACUCUACCAAUAGGCUAAAUUUGGCCUAAGUACUCCUAAAUUGAGUUUAAUCUGAGCAUAAAAAAUAAAUGUUUUGUAAAUAUGCAUUAUGAUGUUUGAAAUGUACCUUUUAUUAUAAUAAAACUAUUAACAAAGAUUAAAUAUAUCAUGUUUAUAAAAUGAACUAUGGUCAACACAUGCUCAAUAUUUUUCUUCAAAAUCAUACUGUGAAGCUGAAUGCAUGUUCUGAAAAUAUUAAUAGCUUAUAACGUUAAAAUACACCAUACUUUGGGUAUGUUUGUUCUUAUGCCAUUCAACCGAAUGCUUAUAACUGUAUUCACAAAGGCAAAAUGGCAAUACCAUGUGCUACAUACUUGUACCAAAGGCAAAUAAUUACUUAUGAUUUGGCACUAACUUAAAUGUUUGAUGCCUAAUUAAAUUGCCAAUAUUCCAACUUUUAAAAGAUAAAUAUAUUUAGACAAAUAUUGUUAAUAAAAUUCAGUCCGAGUUGACUGCAAUGAUGACAGCAUUUUACUUUUAUCUGUGCCUGAAGCAAGUUGACCCAAGAUUUAUUUAUUUAUUUAUUUAUUUAUUUAUUUUUUGUCAUUUUAUAUUUCCAUAUGAUCUCUUUGUAUCAAGUAUAAAAACACUUGGAUCUAAUUCAUUUCUGCUGUCUGCAAAACAGAUUAAAACCAUUAUUCAAGCACACCCAAACACAUGUUCACUAUCAAAACAACUGCAAAAUAUAUAUGAAAGCAUGAGAGUGUAGUAAAUAGUUUGACAUGGUUUUGCAGUUCACAAAAAAUUACUAUGCAACUGCAUCAAGUAAAACUGUAUAAAAUGCAUUUUUAAAACUCGAGUAAUAUGUUGUUCAUUAAGACGCAUCUUAUGAUUUGUAUAUUCAUUAAAUUCAUUAAGUAAUUAGUAGUUUAAACCCCCCCCCCC